UGUUGUAGUGACAGAAGAUCUCCGAGCUAGAGAGAGACGAGAGACAGAGCGAGCUCCUAAUUCUCACAUUCUCUUCUUAUAUUCAUACCUGUUGCGAGCUGACUGCACUUACAUUAGGAGAGAAUGGUUAAACAGACUCUCAGCUCCACACUGGACUCAGAUCUACCAGACGUCACAUCACUGAACUUGCUGGACCAAGAAUCAGCUCCUAAGAAUAAAGCACACAGUCCAGUCUCUCCUAAGAGCCCAAUGAAAAAAGUAUGUAUCCAGUCCCUUAAAAAGAGGGUCACUGCAGUGCCCACAGAAAGGAAUAAUCUGAAGAGAGAGGGGAUGCCUGUGGGAUUCCCAGACUCUGUGUACAUUCAUGCUGCAGCUAUUUUCCAGAAAUCUCAUGUGGAGAAAGAUCUGGCGCACCGACUCAUUCGCUAUAGGCGCACCAGUCCUAAAGGCGAUGGUGGUGGUGAUGAUGAUGGGGAUGAUGAUGAAGAUCCUGGGAUUGUUAAUGACGGUGAUGUCGACACCAAGAAGAAUGAGUAUUGGGCAUAUGAGCUGGCGUUCAACACUCUGAAAUACCAAGAUCUACUGGAGGAGAUCCUGACUGACAGCUACUUUUACCGUUCUCAGCAAAUGCCAGAUGAUCUUAUGGCUCUUGUGGUGGUCGUACUCUGUGACCUCCUGGACAGGAAGUUCCAGCCCAGAGAGCCAAUGCAAAGAGCAGAGGAGGGACUAAUAAAGGAAGUGAGACAGGUGGAGGACAGCCUUUGUAGGUUCAAGACCAAACUGGAAGCCUCACUGGCUCAUUACAGAAUAAAACAGAAUUUGCUGACAAUUGACAGUUUCCUGCCACCAGUUGUGAGGGUUAAACAACAAAGGUCACAAACAUUACCACUCUAUGCCUGGGUCAACACCCUCAAAGCCAGCAUUGAAAAUGUGUGUGAGACUCUGGAGACAUCCGGCUUUACUCAGGUCGACUCACACACACCCCUGGUAGGAAAUGUGUUCUGUAAGGACAAACAUUGUUCCAAUGUCAUGCUGUUUCCCAGACGGCUCUCAAAACAACUGGAGAAAACCAACCUAGUGUCAGAACACACACUCAUAAUACAGGAUAGAUCUCGCAGUCUGGCCGCCUGUGCGAUUCGCUCGCUGUUGGUGGAGCGUGGAGACGUUCUGAUGGUGGGAUCUUUCUCUGCUCUGACAGUGGCUCAUGUAGCUGUCCAGGCUGCUGCCUGUUCUGGCUGUGUACAUGUAUGUGGGGUCCUUAAUUUAUCCACCUUCAACAAUGAAUUACAAUCCAUCCUCACCCCUACUGCCUGCAAAAAUGUGAAACUGAUGUCUGAGUACUUCAGUGAACUUAAUGAAUGGGAUUUGCGUAUUCAGAAGGUUCGGGUGAUUGUGUUGCUCCCAAAGUGUUCUGCGUCAGCUCUUUGUAACCCUGUUGAGUUUAUCCUCAAUGAGAGUGGAGACAGAGGGCUGCUGCAUGGCUUAUCUAAAGGAAUCGUCUCCGAGAGUAAACUGGAGGCACUGGUUGCCAAGCAGAAACAAGACCUCAACCAUGCACUCACCUUUCCUAAGGUGAAGGCUGUGGUGUACUGCACAUGCUCAGUAUAUCCAGAGGAGAAUGAAAGACUUGUGAAGAGAGCGCUUCAGAACGCAGACAGCAAAGCAAAAGCUGUGCCCUUCAGGCUGGUCAGUGCAGGAUGGGAUGAUGAGGAAGAGAAGUUUUUCAGAACUCAAGCAUCUGACGUCACGAAUGGCUGUUUCCUCUGUGUGAUGAAAAGAGAGCAAGACCCGGCGGAGGUAGAAACUGUGCAGGAUAUUUUAGCACGAGCUGCUGCUAAAGGUUUGUUGGGCGAACUGCUCCCUCCUGACCCCAUGAACGGAGAGAAACCGAAAAAGAGAAAAAAACUAAAAGGAUCUAAACCAAUUCUUCCGCCUUCCUCCCUAAUUGAGCCUCCUGCAUCGGUGAUGAUCAGUCAGACAGCAGACGAUUCAAAUCACACUUCCAUAGUCCUGAAUGACAGUUCCACAAUCCUAGAUCAUGCUUCAAGUCAAAAAGCAGCAGUUAUGGAUGCCACAUCUAGCACUACAAAUCACUCCAGUGUUCUAGACCACUCAUCCAACAAUAGAAAUCAGCCUUCUGUUGUGCAGAAGAAGCGACCAAAAGGUCAUAAGCCUAGAGCUAAAAUUACUAAGCAGUCUAAGAGAAAAAAGUCUAAGUCCCGCACUCGUAAAGAACGUCAGAGCAGGUCUCGUCCUCUACGCAAGAAGCUCCUGCACCUUCGGCCAUCUCAACACACAACCAUUACCUCCAUUAAACCAACUCCACCUCAGAGCAAACCCCCUGCCACCAGAACCCCAGUGUCACCACACAGAUUCAGACAUUUGUCUCAACGAGAGUCUGUUAAACCAAAAAAGGAAAUGAUCAAAUCAGAAGCCUUCAAGCUAGACAGGGAGGAAAACCGGUCAAGAGAGUUUAGUCUUCCUCCUGUGUAUCCGCUCAGUCCUUCACAUCCCUCUUCAUCCCCCUAUCGAUUGUACUCCUCCGUGUCUUCUAAUUUCUCCAGCAGUCUUUCCUCUUCUAGCAGCAUUGCCAAAGGCAGAGACUCCAUCCUUUGGCAUUGAGCUACAACCUGUUGUUCAGAAAUACACUUCCUGUGUGCUUCUGUGCAAAAGAAGAAUUGUAGUACACAAGUUUAUCGCCACUGAAAGCAAGGUACUGAUCUCAUAACUAUUUAAUCAACUAUGGUUUAUAAAAGGGAUAGCUCACCCCAAAAUACUGUCAUUAAUUACUCAGCCACAUGUAAUUUCAA